AUGGCCAACUAUUACAAUCCUUUCGCCAGGCGUGAGACUCAUAAUGCUCACGCGCUAAAUGUAUAUCGCAUCUUUGUUCCUCUCACCUGGGCGCUGGUCGUCAUCGUUGGGAUUUACUAUUCCACCAAUUCGACAGAUGACACUAAGCAUGGUAAGAAGAUCUGGAAGCAGAUCAAGAAUCAUCCCACACCUUUCACCCAGAACCAGACUGUCACUGAGAUCUAUUGGGUCCUCUUGCUACUCUCUCAGCUAAGCUAUGUGUGGCAUCUCUUCAGUAAGGAUGUUGCGCUGGUAGCUUCCGCUGCCAAUGUGGCAACUCACUUUAUCCUGAAUAAUCUAUUUACCCUCGCCUGGAUUCUACUCUGGACUCGUAACUUUUUCUGGAGUGCGGAGAUUAUUCUCGUCGCCCAUUUGAUCAACCAGAGUUCGUGUUACUGGCGCCACCGGGGACUUCCGGCUUUCGUACACUUGCCCGCUGUGGCAGGUCCAUAUGCUUGGACACUGACUGCGUUGUUCUGGAAUGGUGCCGUGGCUGUACACAGCCAUAAUCUCCCCGGUCGCAUCGUGGCUAACAUCUUUAUUUGGGUGAUCCUGGCUAUCGGUCUGUUUGAUAUUGUCAUUUAUCAGGAUUAUAUCCUGGGUUACUGCCUGAGCUUCCUGACUCUCUCACUGGCCGUCCAGCAAUUCUCUAUCAAGAUCAUUGCUUUGCAGUGGAUCUUUGCCUUUACCAUCUUCGGCGUCUUCCUCGUAAGCUCGCUGUACAUUUCCACUACGAAGUACGCGGGCCGGGAUUCGCUAUUCCGUCGGGUCGCGCAUCCCGAGUCAACCGAUCGUGAAAGACAACCUCUGCUUAACGAGGAAGCCUAA